AUGAAGACGUCGUCCGGCCGCAGGCGGGGGGCGGUGGCGGGCCGGGCAGGGGUGGCGUCCUUCUCGCGCCCGGGCUCCGGCCGCAGCGUCCCGCCCGUCGGCCCCGGCAGGCCCGGCGCGCUAACGCUCUCUCUCCUUCAGCAGCCAGCCAGCUCUGUGUCAGGGUCGGGGGGUGCAGAGAGUCAGGACAGAAUGCGGGGUGGCCCGGCCCCCCGCGCGGCCGCGUCGUCAGUGGCAGAUGUGCACUGCACCCCUCCCAGCGGUAGGUCAGAGCUCUUCCUGCCGGGCACGGCCGGGGACUUCAGCCUGAGCGCCAGCCUGUCGGCCUGUACGCUGCUUUAUGAGGGGGCCGUAGAGCCCAUGCAGAUUGACGUGGACCCCCAGGAGGACCCGCAGAAUGCCCCCGAUGUCAACUACGUGGUGGAGAACCCGACCCUGGAUCUGGAGCAGUAUGCGGCCAGCUAUAGCGGCCUGAUGCGUAUCGAGCGACUGCAGUUCAUUGCUGACCACUGCCCCCCGCUGCGAGUGGAGGCCCUGAAGAUGGCCCUGUCCUUUGUGCAGAGGACUUUCAAUGUGGACAUGUACGAGGAGAUCCACCGCAAGCUCUCAGAGGCUGCCAGGGAGCUGCAGAAUGCGCCUGAUGCCAUCCCUGAGAGUGGCGUGGAGCCCCCACCCUUGGACACAGCUUGGGUGGAGGCCACGAGGAAGAAGGCCUUGCUGAAGCUGGAGAAGUUGGACACAGAUCUGAAGAACUACAAAGGCAAUUCUAUCAAGGAGAGCAUCAGGCGUGGACAUGAUGACCUGGGUGACCACUAUCUGGACUGUGGGGAUCUCAGCAACGCCCUCAAGUGUUACUCCCGGGCCCGGGACUAUUGCACCAGCGCCAAGCAUGUUAUUAACAUGUGCCUCAAUGUCAUCAAGGUCAGCGUCUACUUGCAGAAUUGGUCUCAUGUGCUGAGCUACGUCAGCAAGGCAGAGUCCACCCCGGAAAUCGCAGAGCAGCGUGGGGAGCGUGACACCCAGACUCAGGCCAUCCUCACCAAGCUCAAAUGUGCAGCAGGCCUGGCUGAGUUGGCAGCACGCAAGUACAAGCAGGCGGCUAAGUGCUUUCUGCUGGCUUCCUUUGACCACUGCGACUUCCCUGAGCUGCUCUCCCCCAGCAACGUGGCCGUGUAUGGCGGCCUGUGCGCCUUGGCCACCUUUGACCGGCAGGAGCUGCAGCGCAAUGUCAUCUCUAGCAGCUCCUUCAAGUUGUUCUUGGAGCUGGAGCCACAGGUUCGGGACAUCAUCUUCAAAUUCUAUGAGUCCAAGUAUGCCUCAUGCCUGAAGAUGCUGGAUGAGAUGAAGGACAACUUGCUGCUAGACAUGUACCUGGCUCCCCACGUCAGGACCCUGUACACACAGAUUCGCAACCGGGCCCUCAUUCAGUAUUUCAGCCCCUACGUGUCAGCUGACAUGCGCAAGAUGGCCACAGCCUUCAAUACCACAGUGGCGGCGCUGGAGGAUGAGCUGACGCAGCUCAUCCUGGAGGGGCUCAUCAACGCCCGCAUCGACUCCCACAGCAAGAUCCUGUAUGCCCGGGACGUAGAUCAACGCAGCACCACCUUUGAGAAGUCUCUGCUGAUGGGCAAGGAGUUCCAGCGCCGUGCCAAAGCCAUGAUCCUGCGGGCGGCCGUUCUGCGCAACCAGAUCCACGUCAAGUCCCCUCCCCGGGAAGGGAGCCAAGGGGAGCUGACACCGGCCAACAGCCAGUCCCGGAUGAGCACCAACAUGUAAGAGCAACCUCCACCUCCAGGAUGGUCUGCGCACCCCCACCCUGUCCACCCCCCACUCUCGGACUCCUGGGCCUCUCAUCUGCUCCAGCGGCACCCCCCGAGGUGUUGCCUGUGGCCCACUUGCAGGGGUCUGGCUGCUGACUGAUGCUAGUCCUUGGUGCCCCCGCCUGGGCUUCCAUGUGCCCAGAUUCUUGUGCCCCCUCCCCCUCGCUGCACCUUGUGCCGGGGGCCUGGGGAGGAGGUGGGCUUUCCUUGAAGGAGAAGCCCACAGGGCUAACCCACAUGUCACCUGGGGCGCCCACUGGGAGCACUGCCUCCCAGCCUCCAUGUUGAUGCAUCGUUUGAGGUUGCAGCGUUGUUGAAUCUUAGUCCAUUAAAGGGCAGCCUGAGAACAGC